AUGCCAGAUAUGGUCAAGCAACAGUAUUUUAAUCUUUUAAUCUGCUCGUGCAUUUUAUCGUCUUAUAUUAUCUUUCGUUUUGAUACGGAAUACACAGAAGGGCCACGUUCUAUCGCUAACAUCUUCCUUGCCUUCGCAGAUCCAGUUUUCUUUUUACAUUACGCUCAAAUAGAUAGACUAUGGUGGAAAUGGCAAAUCAAGGAACAAAAUGGUGGCUUUCGAGGUUAUGAUAGUAUAAAUGGUGUUUUUGAACCUUAUGACGAUACUGCAUUGAUCUCAGACAAAGAUAUGCUGAUAUUCACUGGGCUUGGUGAUGAUCUAGAAGCUGAGAAGCUGGGGAUGUAA